UAUCACACUGGGUCGUUGGUGAUAGAUUGCCCUGGAUUAAAAUACUUAGACAUCGCUGACUAUAGGCUGAGAGACUCUCUUAGUUUGAUGAGUAAUUUUCUUUGCCUUGAUACCGCAGUCUCCACCUUGAUUGUUAACAAUGAUGAUGAAAAGUUUCUGAGAUGUCUUUCUUCUGCCAUACGUCUCAACUUGAAUAUAACCGAAUCAAUGGUUGCGUGUCUUAAAACCAUUAAAACCAUUGAGUUCCCUAGGAUCACAGAUUUUAUCUUGAAUGCAGAAUUUUCAGUAUAUUGGUUGGAACCACUUAUGUGUUUGCUUCAGAAAUUUUCUAAACUGAAAACUCUUGCGGUCAAGACCACGGGGUGUCCCCCAUGUUCCUGGAACCAGCCGAGUACUAUUCCCCAAUGCAUAUCGUCUCAUCUAGAGAUUGUUCAGUGGAUAGAGUAUGAAGGAAAAGAAGCUGAGAAACAACUAGUGAAAUACAUUCUCGCUAACUCAAAAUGUUUAAAGACAGUGGAGAUGUCCUUCUUCGCAACAUGCCAUCUCAAAGAGUGUCAAAUGGAGUUAGAAGCUAUGCCUAGGAUUUCACCAUCAGCUCGGCUUGUUUAUUGUACCCCUAAAGUUUGUUGGAGUUAUAAGCCGGAUAAUUAUAAAAAUAUAUACUAAAAUAUUUUUAGAAUUAUCAUUAGUAAGUUAUUUCAAAAGAUUUUUUUUUGUUUUUGAAAUUAAAUGGACUCUUCUAGUGCUCAAUGGUGUUUCCCUUUGUUCAUCACUGUGUCUCUCUUGUCUUAGAGUAGCUGUGGUUUAGUAAAGGUUUUAGCCAUUGUUAAGAGAUUAGUAAUAUACGAAACUAAUGAUUGUCGGUUUGUGUACUACAGUUCUUCAAGACUUGCAUCUGGGGUCAGUAUUAUUAGCUAUUGGGAUUAUUAAUACAA